GAGACAGGCAGUGUCUCGGAUUGCGCCUCCCACCAAGCAUGCAUGCGUGGACUCUGAUCCUACGCCACUCACGAUGCGGAAAUUACUGUCCAACGUUGCGGAAUCUUUCCCACCGGCAGAACGCCACUUGUACACCUUCCGGUACCACUGAUUAUAUGAGAGACAGCGUCCAGCGGUGGCUGCUGUCUACUCUUUGGAGGCGGCUUCAAGCAAGAGAUAAUGGAGUACUGUAUUGCAACACCGGAUCCGCUGGCUCAGCUUCAAGCAAGGGCGAUCUGUGACUAUUGCGAAGUAGCUGCCACAGCUCUCGCAGUUUACGAUUAUUUCGUCACUUUCGAUGACGAAAUCCACCAUGUAUGGGGUUGCGGAAAUCGCGGUUUCGCGGUCAUAUUUCUGUUGAACCGGGUGAACAUGUGGGGGAUGUGCAUUGCGUUGAUUCUACGUGUUCUACCCAUCUGGCAUACCGUCUGUCUAAUCAGAAGCUUUCUCUGGAUAGCACUCACUAUGAUAGCUAUGAUACUAUGGGCAGCUGUCUCAGCACUACGUGUCUACGCAAUUAGUGGUCGCAAUCUCCGGCUUACUGCGAUAACCCUGAUUUUGGGGCUUGUGCCGUUAGGCAUGAAUCUGUAUGAAGCCGUGGCAACAACCAUGGAAACCAUCCAGAUCGGCGCAUCGGUAAUAUGUUCGGGUGGGGCUACGACCCCAAAGCGGACACAGAUCAGUGCUAGUGGUUAUAGCCCGUAACAUCCCGGCGAGCGUCAAAGAUGUGCUUUAUGGUACGACGAGCAAGUCAGCUCUGACUUCUACCUUGUCUAGAAACGGCGUGUUGU